AUGGCGAGCGAGCAAGACGUUUGCGACGCGCGCGCGGUUGCGGCAGCUGCCGCCGCCGCGCCGGAGCUGUCUGAUCGCCGUCCGGCGGCGCCUGCGCCGUCGGCGGCCCCAUUGGACGCUCCACUUAUGACGACCCGGCAACCCCAGGAGGACCACGAGUAUAUGACGACUACGCGCGACCAGGACGAUGAGAUGGACUACUCUACCGACCUUCCCCGUGAGGACUGCGCUGCCGGCGCCCCGCAGAGGGUGCUUCAGCGCAAGCGCUCGGCUGUCACGUCCGCCAGUGACGACCCACACACUUCUGGUACGAGUGACGCUGGAUUCAAGAAACCGCCACCUAAGAAGAGGGCGGCUCCACGACGGCGCCCGGCCGUUGUCCCUGUGCCUACUGCCAAUCAGUACGACGCCCUACAGGAUGGCGCCGACUCUGAAGAUCCUGACGAGCCUCCACCGGCGACGUCCCGCUCCGAUGGCCAACAGCAGCGGCGCCGAGCUGCGCCACCACCUGCUCCACCUGCUACUCCUCCGCGACAACCCGCCCAGCGGCGCCUGCUUGCUGCUCGGGCGGACCUUGGUUACGCCGACGUCCUCCAGGGCCGGACGACGCCUCCUUCUGCCCCUGCUGUCCAGCCUCUGCGACGCUCUGAAGAUGGGCCUGCUCCACCUGCUGCAGCUGCUGAUUUCAUCGCGGUCUUGCAAGAAGUCCAGGCCACCCUCGUGGCUGUCUCUGCCGCUCUGGCCCAGCUGCCGACCGCCAUCACUGCUGCAGUCCAUGCAGCCCUCCGAAGUUUCCCCGCUGCCACGGCGAUCGCAUCUGCUGGCCAUGGCUCACAACCUUAG